UCUCGCCUCAGCCAGGGCCUUGAGCCAAUGCACUUAGCUGAGCAAGAUACACGGCUCCCGCAAUCUCACCCACCGGCAGCUGGCGAGAUCGACCCCCUCGGAGUCCACGUCAAGGAGGCAAUCGCAACCAUCAACCGCUUAGAGAGUCUCGGAUUGCAAAGGCUCAAGAUCCCACUUCCAAAGUGCAUAGUGCUUGGUGAGCAGUCCACGGGAAAGUCUUCUGUGAUCGAAGCAAUUUCUGGUAUCAAGACGCCGAGGUCAACCGGGACCUGUACUCGUUGUCCUCUUUUCAUCAAGCUUGAGCCGUCUGGAGAUCCUCUUGCUGGAUGGAGCGCUAGCGUUAGUCUUCGACGAGAGUUCGCUUGGGAUGGCAAGACUGGCCGGGGCUUUGAGCGACGAUUUCCUGGUUGGGCUCAGCUCUCUCAACCGACAAUCGUUCAGUUCUCAGUGACGGAUAACCCCAAAGAUCUCGAAGACAUCAUUGCCCGUGCGCAGCUGGCGACGAUUAGUCCUAUGGUAGACCACAAGGAAUUCCUUCGUCCAUCGAUUGCCUCACUCAACGACCACCAUCGCUGCGAAUUUAGUCCGAAUAUCGUCUGCAUCUCCAUUACACACCCUAGUCUUCCUGCCUUGAGCUUUUAUGACUUGCCAGGUAUCAUUGGUCAAGCGGAGUCUGCGUCUUCGCAGUUCCUGGUCAAAUUCGUACGUGACCUCGUCGUCGAGUACGUCAAGGACCCAGAAGCUCUUAUUCUCGUAACCUGUUCGUUGGAAAAUGACAUUGCAAACUCCACUGCCGGCGGGAUAGCACGAGAGCUGCGAGCUACUGAUCGUUGCAUUGGCGUAUUGACUAAACCGGACCGCCUCCCGCCAGGCUCUCGUCACGAUUCACUACGCGAUAUUCUCGACCAAAAGCGAUUCGCUCUUGGACACGGCUACUUUGUUGUUAAAAACUUGGGACAAGAUGAACUCGACGCCGGUCUCUCGCAUUACGAUGCACGUCUUCGAGAACAGCAGUUCUUUGAGGGUGAACCUUGGGCUACCACUUUCAAGCACUACGAAUCGCGUUUCGGAACUCUAAAUCUCCAACGCUUCUUGUCUGAGAAGCUCGCUGAGCAGAUCACGAAGAAACUCCCCGUCAUCCAUUCAGAGAUCGAGGUCCGACUCCGCGGCGUGGAGACGGAUCUCCAGCAAUUUCCUGAACCACCCACGCACAACGCCUCGAGAAUCAUCUUCGAUAUCCUGCUAGAAUUCUCACAGCAUGUCCGCAGGGAGCUGGAGGCUGAGUUCCCUUGCAAGGUGUGGCGUAACAACUGGGCAGCUCUGCAGAAUGAUUUCUUUGAUGCUCUUGUGAGCAUGAAGCCGACAAUGGCGACCAGUGGAAAUCGAGACGUCGGCAUAUAUUACGACACUCUUGGUUCGCAGCCCGGUAGAUCUAUGGACGAGUCCAUUAUUAUUGACGAUGAUGAGGACGACCAAGAUGUGCAUAUGGACGACACACCAGAAACACCAUCUAAGAAGCGCAAGGUUGAGGGAACACCCGGCCCAACGCCAUCAAAAACGCCUCUCCGUCGCUUGGGACUUCCGAAUCCCAAAGACACCAAAAUGCCACGGGACUUUAGUGACUUGAGGAAAGUUUUCCGCCUUGAUGGAGUUGCGCAACACCUAGAUGAAACAUCAAAAUCUAGGGUUCCAGGACAGAUUGAGCCGAGGGUCAUCUAUGGCAUGAUGCUCGAAACGCUUGAACACUGGGAUCGUCCUCUCAACGAUUUCUUCAACGCCCUCGAACAGCAACUGCGGACUCAGGUGAAGGCUUUGUUUCGUGAACACUUCAGCAAGUGGGAGGGAUCCGAUCUGUUUGACAGUGCGUGGAAGAUCGUUGAGGAGAUGCUGAACCUCAAUUUCCAUCAACAGCGCACGACUAUGGCAGAUGAGAGCCUUAACGACGAGAGAGAAGGUCCCUAUAUCUUUCACAAUGAUAUUUUCGAGCGAGAGAAAGACGCGAUUCUCGAACAUUACCACCAGGCUCGAUCUAAAACUCGCUUCAAUCUUUACAGGCGAGAGCGACAGCAGCGGACUGGCAAGGCCAUGAGCCCACAAGAGGAGGAAAGGCUGAAGAAAGACACCGACUUCAAGUUAGUGCUCGCUAAGGAGCCAUAUCAUGUCGAGCUCGGCGUCAUCGCACAGGUCAGCACAUACUAUAUCAUCGCUGCGCGCCGUUUCCACGAUGCGGUCUGCAUGCGAAUCGAGUCAAAGUUCUACAAGCAGCUGCGCUCGCAACUUCGCGAUGAGCUUGAGAACGGCCUUGGCCUCAACGACGGAAGCGAAGGACAUCGGAACGCCAUCCGCCUUCUCGCUGAGCCACCCCACCGCGAACAAAAGCGCAAGGAGCUUCUCGGUAUGAAGAAUUCGUUUCUUCAAGGCCAGCAAAUCUUGAAGGACCUUGAGCAAAGGAAGUACGGGGAGGAUGCAUCGUAGGCAUCUAUCAUUGGCCCAAUAUCUGGUUUGGCAACGCUUCGCCUGGAACACCUACAUAAAGGGCCCUUCGUCACUCUGGGUCUUACCCUUGCACUCUUGAUGUGACUAAGUGUCGCAUUGGUACAUUGGUUAUGCGGAGCUAUUCCGGCUGUUCUCGCAGACCGGCAGUGAGCCUACAGAUGUCUUGCUCAUUUGCCUCUUCUUCUGCGGUUUUACGUGUGGCUUCUGGAACAACGGCAUGCUCUCUAAGUGAACGAUACGAAGGGUGGGUCGGCAAAUGUAGCUGUGUCGUUGUGCAACUUGAGGAGCUCCAGAUUGUUUUUUCGCCACAGUUGGAAUGGCAUUUAAUACGAUCCGUGAGAUCAAUACGUAGCCAGUUCUGCCGCGUCACGUUACAUUAUGAUAUGAAUUCAAUUUGCC